AUGUCGCAUUGGCGCUAUGAGCUAUGCAUUACGUAUCCGUAUUAUGCAUCACUCAGCGGCGCCUGCACGUGGGAGGGCUAUGGACUACGCAUUACGUAUCCGUAUUAUCGCCGAAAGCCCGCCGGAGAGGGCUAUGUACUAUGCAUUACGUAUCCGUAUUAUGCAUCACUCAGCGGCGCCUGCACGUGGGAGGGCUAUGGACUACGCAUUACGUAUCCGUAUUAUGUAUCAAGCGCCGAAAGCCCGCCGGAGAGGGCUUAUGGACUACGUAUUACGUAUCCGUACUAUGUAUCAAGCGCCGAAAGCCCGCCGGAGAGGGCUUAUGGACUACGCAUUACGUAUCCGUAUUAUGCAUCAAGCGCCGAAAGCCCGCCGGAGAGGGCUAUGUACUACGUAUUACGUAUCCGUACUAUGUAUCAAGCGCCGAAAGCCCGCCGGAGAGGGCUAUGGACUACGCAUUACCGCCGAAAGCCCGCCGGAGAGGGCUAUGUACUACGCAUUACGUAUCCGUACUAUCGCCGAAAGCCCGCCGGAGAGGGCUAUGUACUACGCAUUACGUAUCCGUAUUAUCGCCGAAAGCCCGCCGGAGAGGGCUAUGGACUACGCAUUACGUAUCCGUAUUAUGUAUUCAAGCGCCGCAACCCUCCGCCGGACCCUAACUUCGCGCUGCCGCUCGGGCUGCCAUAA